UAUGUACAGGAGAGAAAGGAACUGGGCCGACCACUGGAAAACCUCUCCAUUAUAAAGGAUGUCCUUUCCACAGAAACUAAACAGCCCCAGUUCCUGCAGCCUUUCCUCAUAAGAAAGUCUGAUCAUCUUGGUGGCCCUAUGCUGGACUCUCUCCAGAAGUUCUCUGUCCCUGUUGAGCUGAGGAGCCCAGAACUGGACACAGGACUCCAGAUGAGGCCUCACCAGGGCAGAGUAGAGAGGGAGAAGAACCUCCCUUGACCUGCUUCAGCACUCUUCUUGAUGCAUUCUUUAGGCACAGUUAUUAAGCAAUUUAUGGUCCAAGGUGGAGAUUUCUCAAACCAAAAUGGCACAGGUGGAGAAAGUAUAUAUGGUGAAAAAUUUGAAGAUGAAAACUUUCAUUAUAAGCAUGAUAAACCAGGGCUGCUGAGCAUGGCAAAUGCAGGACCUGGUACUAACGGCUCUCAGUUCUUUAUUACAACGGUGCCUACUUCUCACCUGGAUGGGAAACAUGUCGUGUUUGGCCAAGUGAUCAGAGGAAUGGGUGUGGUUAAGAUGUUAGAAAAUGUUGAAGUAAAAGGAGAAAAUCCUGCCAAGCUGUGUGUCAUUGCAGAAUGUGGAGAGCUAAAGGAAGGAGAUGACUGGGGAAUUGUUCCCCAGGAUGGGUCUGGAGAUGCUCAUCCAGAUUUUCCUGAAGAUUCAGAUCUAGAUUUGAAAGACGUUGACAAGAUUGUGGCCAUAGCAGAAGACAUAAAGAAUAUAGGAAAUACUUUCUUCAAAUCGCAAAAUUGGGCAGUGGCAGCUAAAAAGUAUAGUAAAAGUUUACGGUAUGUAGAAGCUUCUGAAGCAGUGGCAGAGGAGGCAGACAAACCAAAGUUAAAGACUGUUGCUUUGACCUGUGUUUUAAACAUUGCUGCUUGUAAACUGAAACUGUCGGAUUGGCAGGGAGCAAUUGAAAGUUGUUCAGAGGCUCUUAAAAUAGAUCCAGCAAAUACUAAAGCUCUCUACAGACGGGCUCAAGGAUGGCAGGGGAUAAAAGAUCUCGAUGAGGCACUGGCUGAUCUUAAAAAGGCUCAUGAAAUAGCCCCCGAAGACAAAGCUAUCCAGUCGGAAACACUCAGGAUCAAGCAGAAGAUAAAAGCCCAAAAAGAGAAAGAGAAGGCAGCUUAUGCUAAAAUGUUUGCUUGAUUUUUUUUCCCCUAAACUUUUAAAUCUAUGCACUAACUCAUGCAAAAGGAUAAAUGGAGCCGCUUCUUUCAUUUGCCCUGUACUGCAGUUGUCAGUGUUUACAACUCAAAAGUCUAACAAUAAAGACAAACUGUUCAGA